UCCACGGACCCCCAACCUAAGGCUUGUGGACCCCCGGGGAAAAAGUUUCAUCUUAAUGAAAUGCACAAGCCUGGUGAUGUAGUUCUCGGUGGGUUGUUUGAGGUCCACUACACCUCUGUCUUCCCUGAGCGGACAUUUACCUCAGAACCGCAGCAACCCAUGUGCAAAGGUUUUGAUACUCUAGGGUUCAGGCAUGCCAUGACCAUGGCAUUUGCUAUUGAAGAGAUCAACAAGAACUCCAGACUUUUACCUAACCUGACUCUGGGAUAUAGUCUUUAUGAUAACUGUGGAGCACUUGUUGUUGGAUUCAGUGGUGCAUUAUCACUAGCAAGUGGCCAAGAGGAGCAGUUUCUGCUUCGGCAGAACUGUUCAGGGUCUCCAGUCUUGGGGAUUGUGGGUGAUCAUUAUUCAACAUUUUCUAUUGCGACUGCUAAUGUACUAGGUUUAUACAAAAUGCCCAUUGUGAGUUAUUUUGCCACAUGUUCCUGCCUGAGUGAUCGGCAACGUUUUCCAUCCUUCUUCAGAACAAUUCCAAGUGAUGCAUUUCAGGUGCGUGCUAUGAUUCAGAUUCUAAAAUACUUUGGCUGGACUUGGGUUGGCCUGCUGGUCAGUGAUGAUGAUUAUGGACUCCAUGUUGCCCAGUCCUUCCAAUCUGACCUGGCGCAGUCCGGUGAAGGAUGUCUGGCCUACUUAGAGGUUUUGCCCUGGGACAGUGACUCAAGUGAACUAAGGAGGAUUGUACAUUUGAUAAAGUCAUCAACAGCUCAUGUGGUCAUUGUGUUUGCACACGAAAUCCACAUGAUUGAACUAAUGGAAGAGGUGGUAAGGCAGAAUGUGACAGGACGGCAGUGGAUUGCUAGUGAAGCCUUGACAACGGCUACUGUGCUACAGACACCCAGCUUCAUGCCGUACCUGAGCGGUACACUGGGAAUUGCUAUCCGUCGAGGAGAAAUACCAGGGCUUAGGGAAUUCCUCUUACAAAUACGUCCUGACCAAAAAGGCAGCAACUAUGGAAAUAGCAUGGUGAGGCAGUUUUGGGAAUACACGUUCCAAUGUAAAUUUGAUCCAGAAGGUUCAGUUGAAGCUGGGGCAGCAAUAUGCACUGGACGGGAAGAUAUUGAAAAUGUAGACACUGAGUUUAUGGAUCUUGCUAACCUCAGGCCUGAGUACAAUGUUUACAAGGCUGUGUAUGCUUUGGCAUUUGCUCUUGAUGACAUGCUGCAGUGUGAGCCUGGAAGAGGGCCUUUCAGCGGGCACAGCUGUGCAACUUUGCAAAGACUGGAGCCAUGGCAGCUCGUACAUUAUUUGCAAAAGAUCAACUUCACCACACCAUUUGGUGAUGAAGUUUCAUUUGAUGAGAAUGGUGAUGCCUUACCAAUCUAUGAUAUUAUGAACUGGCUGUGGCUCCCUGAUGGAAGAACCAAAGUUCAAAAUGUGGGUGAGGUUAAGAAGUCGGCCUUCAAAGGUGAAGUACUCACAAUUGAUGAAGACAAAAUCUUCUGGAACUUUGAAUCAAAUAAGCCACCCCAGUCAGUGUGCAGUGAAAGCUGUCCUCCAGGUACCCGCAUGGCCAGAAAGAAAGGGGAACCUAUGUGCUGUUUUGACUGCAUCCCUUGUUCUGAAGGAAAGAUUAGCAAUAAGACUGACUCCAUGGAGUGCACCAGUUGUCCAGAGGACUUCUGGUCCAGCCCCCAGCGUGACCGCUGUGUUCCAAAGAAAACAGAGUUCCUCUCCUAUCAUGAGCCUCUAGGUAUCUGCUUGACAACCACCUCAUUGCUGGGAACAUUUAUCUGCGCUGUUGUUCUUGGCAUCUUCACCUACUAUCGACGUACACCCAUGGUACGAGCCAACAAUUCAGAACUGAGUUUCCUGCUCUUGGUUUCACUUAAACUAUGUUUCCUGUGUUCACUGCUGUUUAUCGGCCGCCCAAGGCUGUGGACAUGCCAGUUGAGACAUGCAGCAUUCGGGAUCAGCUUUGUGCUUUGUGUCUCAUGUAUUCUGGUAAAAACCAUGGUGGUUCUGGCUGUGUUCAAGGCCUCCAAGCCAGGAGGUGGAGCCAAUCUCAAAUGGUUUGGGGCUAUGCAGCAGAGAGGAACAGUUUUAGCUCUUACCUGCAUUCAGGCAGCUAUCUGCACUGCCUGGAUUGUAUCUGCUUCACCAGAGCCUCAUAAAAACACCCAAUACCACAAUGAUAAGAUAGUUUAUGAAUGUGCUGUAGGGUCCACAGUUGGUUUUGCUGUAUUAUUGGGGUAUAUUGGAUUACUGGCUAUCCUCAGCUUCCUAUUAGCAUUUCUGGCAAGGAAUCUUCCAGACAACUUUAAUGAGGCUAAAUUCAUUACUUUCAGUAUGUUGAUCUUCUGUGCUGUGUGGGUGGCCUUUGUCCCUGCUUAUGUAAAUUCUCCAGGGAAAUAUGCAGAUGCAGUGGAGGUAUUUGCCAUCCUGGCCUCCAGUUUUGGCCUCUUGGUGGCACUGUUUGGACCUAAAUGCUACAUAAUUUUGCUGAGACCAGAGAGGAACACAAAGAAAGCUAUCAUGGGUCGAGGCAUCACAAAAUCAUGA